AUGUGCUAUUUUGUCCAUAGGAUCAAUGAAAACCAGACUAAUGGGGUGAGCUUCAUCCUCCUGGGCUUCUCAGAAUAUCCGGACCUCCAGGGGCCACUCUUCCUGGUUUUCCUCACCAUCUACACCAUCACUGUGCUGGGCAACCUGGGCAUGAUCGCCAUCAUCAGACUUAAUCCCAAGCUCCACACCCCCAUGUACUUUUUCCUCAGUCACCUGUCCUUUGUGGAUUUCUGCUACUCUUCUGUUGUCACCCCCAAGCUCCUGGAGAACCUGAUUGUGGAGGACAGAAGCUUCUCCUUUGCAGGCUGUAUCAGCCAGUUCUUCUUUGCAUGUACCUGUGUGAUAACAGAAACUUUUAUGUUGGCAGCCAUGGCCUAUGACCGAUUUGUGGCCGUUUGUAACCCUCUCCUCUACACGGUGGCCAUGUCCAGGAAGCUGUGUUCUUUGUUGGUGGCUGCAUCCUACUUCUGGGGUGUUGCGUGUACUUUGGGAGUCACAUACUUUAUGUUAACUUUGAAUUUCUGUGGGACAAAGGUUAUAAACAACUUUGUGUGUGAGCAUUCGGCCGUUAUUGCUGUGUCCUGCUCUGACUUUUAUGUGAGUCAGUUGUCUCUUGUAAUCGUUACCACAUUCAAUCAAAUAACCAGCCUGGGCAUUGUUUUCACUUCCUAUGUGUUUAUUUUUGUCACGGUGAUGAGAAUGCCCUCCACUGCGGGGCGCUACAAAGCAUUCUGCACAUGUGCUUCCCACCUCACCGCCAUUGCUAUUUUCCAUGGCCCCAUCCUUUUCCUCUACUGUUUUCCUACCACCAAAAGCUCAUGGUUGUUGGUAGAGAUUGCCUCUGUCUUUUACACUGUGGUCGUCCCUAUGCUGAAUCCACUGAUUUACAGUCUUAGGAACAAAGAUGUGAAGCAGGCAGCCAGGAGGCUAAUCACUUCCCAAUUAACAUGUCAAAAAAUUUGA